AUGUGCUUCCUAUUAACCGUGACCCUGAUGACCUACUGCCUGAAGAAAGCGUCGACCGGCAGCUGCGUAAUGGAAAUAAGCAUUCUAACAUUCUUAGUAACACUGCCCCUGAUCGUCAUGACGUUCGCCAUGUACCUGAUAACGCCCUAUUUCAUCGAUGAAAUCGAAGAUAGACAGUUCGGCCUGAUCAGAGACUGCGACAAAACGCGCGUCAUCGGUCUCAUAGAGCGCGUCUACCCCGACGCCCAGCAAUUCAAAUUAAAAUGCAACGGCCUCAAUUUCGGCGAAAACAUGGGCGUACUACUUACCGAUUGCUUCGACGCCUCCGAAGUGAUACCGGAGAAAUACUACAUAGCCAGCAAAUCGAACUACUGGUGCGAGAACAGCAUAGUGCACAGCAUAAAAGGCUUCAAAAAGAUCACCGACACCACCGAUAGCAUAACCAUUUUGGAGGCGGACCCGCCGCUGCCGGAGCCGUGCACGCCCGACGACGAGGCCAGUCUCUUACGAAAAGACAGCUACUUUUACGUGGAGGAGCGGUUCCAGUCGAACGCGGAGCACGUCCUGACCGGUUGGAAGGUACGCGACAGGAAUUCGAGGAUAGCAUUGCAGGAGAUACCGGUGCUGAGCUAUUGCGUGCCCGGAUUCCCUUCGGCUAUAAUAUUCUCUCGGCCCGGCAUGUAUUUCAGCGGUUUCCAAAAGGAGUGCAGGCCGCACGAGCCCUUCGACAACGUCCUGGUCCCUUACAGCAAGUUUCUCUCGCAAAUCCACGCAAACUUCCCGCACGUCGAGUACAGGAGCAACAAGGUUGAUUUGAAAAAGGACGAUCAAACUACUGCUGGAGUUGAUACCAGCCGCACAGGUGGAGUGACCCUCUCCGAAGGUGCCACAUCAGUUACGGUUGAUGGUAGGACAAGUAAUGAGGCGACUAAGUUAGAUUCUAGUCGUUAUUUAAGCACAAACGAGGCCAGUUCGAGUACGAGUGAGGUUCCCGAUUUGACGAAACCGAAAGGUAGUCUUAUAAAAUUGGUGAUUGAGGAAUUCUGCUGGUAG